AUGGCAUCUCGAAAGCCUAAGCAGACUACAACCACUGCCAAGAGCAUGAAGGCUUCUACCGGCGCAGGAGUAGCGAAGCGCAGUCACAAGAAGCUUCGUUUCCAUGAGAACGGCCUACUCAAUGUUGAGACAAAGACGGGAAAGUACCUUGAGAUUGCGAGACAGAACCAGCAGGACUCGCCCUUGCUGCGCCUACCUCCGGAAUUACGCCACCUGAUCUUCAGCCAUGUGAUUGGUGGUAAGACAUUCGAAAUCCUAUACGACCGAUCAGGACCAUACCGCAGUCCGAUUCGAGAGCGCUUAUCAUCCAAAGUUCCAAAGCGCAAGUUCAUUGCAAAGAACAUAACGGUUGCAAAGAAUACUCUUGCCUUGCUCGUUGUCUGCCGACAAAUCUAUGCUGAGACGGCCUUGCUACCCUUCAGCUCGAAUACUUUCUCAGCUUCUCGUCCAGACAACCUCAAGAUGUGGAUCAAAAGGUUUCCACCAGCUGUUUCUGAAGCUAUCACUUCGAUACAACUCGACGCCUUCAUAAGAUCGUCCCUUCUGGAGCACUGGGUUGUCGACGUAUCCAGCAUACCACAAUAUAAGCGGCUCUCUUCAAAUCUAUCCUCUCUCAAGCGUGUAAAGCUUAAUGUCCUUGUGACAGCUACAAACCCCGACAAAAUUAGCAAGAAGCAGCUAAAACGUGGCUGGCAAUUCAUGAAGGGUCUGUAUGAGGCAGAGAACAGCGAGGUCAAAGUCACCAGGAGUGGGUGA